GAGGUUAAGGAGCAUACAUCUAACAACUCAAUUGCUGUGAACUCGUUGUUAUUUUUCUGGUAUUAAGCGUCUCUUCAGCCGCAGAUUGAUUGCAAUGUUCCUUCUACUUCAUUUCAUCAUUCUGAUGGAUGUCAAAGAUUUUGCACUGACCGAAGGAAGUACAAUCACUCCUUUGUGCCCAAAAGGGUACUUUCCCUGUGGGAACCUGACCCAGUGCUUACCCCGUGCUUUCCACUGUGACGGCGUGGACGACUGCGGGAACGGAGCUGACGAGGAGAACUGUGGAGACACUAGUGGAUGGGCGACUCUGUUUGGCACAGUCCAUGGAGAUGCUAAUAAUGUGGCAUUAACACAGGAGUGCUUUUUAAAUCAGUACCCACAACGCUGUGACUGCAAAGGAACUGAGUUGGAAUGUAUAAAUGCUGGCUUGAAGUCUGUGCCAACCGUUUCCAGCAAUGUGACAUUACUGUCUCUUAAGAAAAACAGUAUUCACAGUCUUUCAGAUAAAGUUUUCAUCAAAUACACAGAACUUAAAAAGAUAUUCCUUCAGCAUAAUUGUAUUAGACAUAUAUCCAGGAAAGCAUUCUUUGGAUUACAUAAUCUGCAAAUACUAUAUCUCAACCACAACUGCAUUACAACUCUCAGACCUGGAGUAUUCAAAGACUUACAUCACCUAACUUGGCUAAUUCUAGAUGAUAAUCCCAUAACCAGAAUUUCACAGCGGUUGUUUACUGGAUUAAAUUCCUUGUUUUUCCUGUCUAUGGUGAAUAACUACUUAGAAGCCCUUCCCAAGCAGAUGUGUGCCCAAAUGCCUCAACUCAACUGGAUGGAUUUGGAAGGCAAUGGAAUAAAAUACCUUACGAAUUCCACCUUUCUGUCGUGCAAUUCACUCACAGUGCUGUUUCUGCCUAGAAAUCAAAUUGAUUUUGUUCCAGAGAAGACAUUUUCUUCAUUAAAAAAUUUAGGAGAACUGGACCUGUCUAGCAAUAUGAUAAUGGAACUACCACCCUACAUUUUCAAAGACCUGAAGCUUCUUCAGAAACUGAAUCUGUCGUCCAAUCCUCUUUUGUAUCUCCACAAGAACCAGUUUGAAAGCCUUAAACAGCUUCAGUCUCUAGACCUGGAAAGGAUAGAGAUUCCAAGUAUAAACACACAAAUGUUUCAGCCCAUGAAGAAUCUUUCUCACAUUUAUUUCAAAAACUUUCGAUACUGCUCCUAUGCUUCCCAUGUCCGAAUAUGUAUGCCCUUGACUGACGGCAUUUCUUCAUUUGAGGACCUCUUGGCUAACAAUAUCCUCAGAAUAUUUGUCUGGGUUAUAGCUUUCAUAACCUGCUUUGGAAAUCUUUUUGUCAUUGGCAUGAGAUCUUUCAUUAAAGCUGAAAACAUGACCCAUGCUACGUCCAUCAAAAUCCUUUGUUGUGCGGACUGCCUGAUGGGUGUUUAUUUGUUCUUCGUUGGCUUCUUUGAUCUAAAAUACCGCGGGCAGUAUCAGAAGUAUGCGUUGCUGUGGAUGGAGAGCUUACAGUGCCGCCUCCUGGGCUUCCUGGCCGUGCUGUCCACCGAGGUCUCCGUCCUCUUGCUGACGUACUUGACUUUGGAGAAGUUCCUGGCCGUCGUCUUUCCCUUCAGUAACAUCCGUCCUGGAAAACGGCAGACCUCGGUCAUCCUCAUUGGCAUCUGGAUUGUGGGAUUUUUAAUAGCUGUGAUUCCAUUUUGGAAGGAGGAUUAUUUUGGAAACUUUUAUGGAAAAAAUGGAGUAUGUUUCCCACUUUAUUAUGACCAAGCAGAAGAUAUUGGAAGCAAAGGGUAUUCUCUUGGAAUUUUCCUAGGUGUGAAUUUGCUGGCUUUUCUCAUCAUUGUGUUUUCCUAUACUAUUAUGUUCUGUUCCAUUCAAAAAACUGCCUUGCAGACUUCAGAAGUGAGGAAUAACACUGGAAGAGAGGCGGCCGUCGCAAACCGUUUCUUUUUUAUAGUGUUCUCUGAUGCCAUCUGCUGGAUUCCUGUAUUUGUAAUUAAAAUCCUUUCCCUCUUCCGGGUGGAAAUACCAGAAACAAUCACUUCCUGGGUCGUCAUUUUUUUCCUCCCAGUAAACAGUGCCUUGAACCCAAUCCUCUACACUCUCACAACCAGCUUUUUCAAAGACAAGUUGAAACAGCUGCUGCACAAACAUCAGAGGAAAUCGAUUUUCAGAACUAAAAAAAAAAGUUUGUCUACAUCCAUCGUGUGGGCCGAUGACUCGUCUUCAGUGAAACUUGGGGUUUUGAACAAAAUAAACCUCGAGGAGAAUAUAGUGAAACCAGCUUCCUAGUACUGGUUUUGGAGCACUGGACUUUCAAUGGACUACCUAAAAAAGCACAGCAUUUGGAAGAUGACAUCUGCAGUCCUUUUCAUCUUUACCAACGGCGACCCUUUCUGCACAGACAGC